UCAAAACUCCUCCAACUUUUCAGGCCAUUCUCUUCUCUCACACAAAACAAAUCUUACACUUGACACUUCUCUUCUCUACAUAUUCUCUCUUCUCAAUCUUCCUCACCAACAAGAACAAAUUCAUCAUUCUCACCAUGACCCAUAACCAAAACGAACCUCACCGUCCCGUCCCUGUCCACGUCACAAAUUCCGACCAAAACCAAAACCAAAACCCAAACAACCUCCCAAACUUCCUCUUAUCCGUGCGUCUCAAAUACGUCAAACUCGGUUACCAUUACCUAAUCUCCAAUGCUCUCUACAUCCUCCUCCUCCCUCUCCUCGCCGCAACAAUCGCAAACCUCUCUUCCUUCUCCCUCAACGACCUCACUCUCCUCUACAAUCACCUCCGUUUCCAUUUCCUCUCCGCCACACUCGCCACCGGGCUCCUAAUCUCUCUCUCCACGGCCUACUUCACCACCCGUCCUCGCCGUGUCUUCCUCCUCGACUUCUCAUGCUACAAACCAGACCCUUCUUUAAUCUGCACUCGAGAAACGUUCAUGGACCGAUCUCAACGUGUAGGUAUCUUCACGGAAGAUAAUCUUGCUUUUCAGCAAAAGAUCCUCGAGAGAUCCGGUCUUGGUCAGAAAACUUACUUCCCUGAAGCUCUUCUUCGUGUUCCUCCUAAUCCUUGUAUGGAAGAAGCGAGGAAAGAAGCCGAGACGGUUAUGUUCGGAGCCAUCGACGCGGUUCUUGAGAAAACUGGUAUUAAACCGAAGGAUAUUGGGAUUCUUGUGGUGAAUUGUAGUUUGUUUAAUCCGACUCCGUCACUUUCUGCGAUGAUUGUGAAUAAGUAUAAGCUUAGAGGGAAUAUUUUGAGCUAUAAUCUUGGUGGAAUGGGUUGUAGUGCUGGACUUAUCUCCAUUGAUCUCGCUAAACAGCUUCUCCAGGUACAACCAAACUCAUACGCACUAGUUGUGAGCACAGAGAACAUAACCCUAAACUGGUACUUAGGCAACGACCGAUCAAUGCUUCUCUCUAACUGCAUCUUCCGUAUGGGUGGAGCCGCCGUACUUCUCUCUAACCGUUCCUCCGAUCGCAGCCGUUCAAAAUAUCAGCUCAUCCACACCGUACGUACCCACAAAGGAGCCGAUGACAACGCAUUCGGCUGCGUGUACCAACGAGAAGACAACAACGCAGAAGAAACCGGCAAAAUCGGAGUCUCUCUCUCCAAAAACCUAAUGGCCAUAGCCGGAGAAGCUCUCAAGACAAACAUCACAACUCUAGGACCACUAGUCUUACCAAUGUCGGAACAGCUUCUCUUUUUCGCAACCCUUGUGGCUCGAAAAGUCUUCAAAGUCAAGAAGAUAAAGCCUUACAUUCCUGAUUUCAAGCUAGCUUUUGAGCAUUUCUGUAUCCACGCGGGAGGCAGAGCCGUUCUUGAUGAGAUAGAGAAGAAUCUUGAUUUAUCCGAGUGGCAUAUGGAGCCGUCUAGGAUGACGUUGAACCGGUUUGGUAAUACUUCGAGUAGCUCGCUUUGGUAUGAGCUUGCUUAUAGUGAAGCUAAAGGGAGGAUUAAGAGAGGAGAUAGGACUUGGCAGAUUGCUUUUGGAUCCGGUUUCAAGUGUAAUAGUGCUGUUUGGAAAGCUUUGAGAACGAUUAAUCCGAAGAAUGAGAAGACGAAUCCUUGGAGUGAUGAGAUUCAUGAGUUUCCUGUUGCAGUUCCUAGGAUCACUCCGGUUUCGUCUUCCUAAUUUUUUUGUUUUAAUUCUUUUGGUGAAACAUUUGUUAUGUUUUUAUUUAAUGUACUUAUGUGACAUAUAUUAUUUACUAGUAUUAAUUAUCUUAACAUAUGUAUAUGGUUUCAUUCAUGUGUGCAAGUUUGCCACGUGUUACAACGUGUCAAUCAAUAAUGAUACGUAUAUGGUUCGUGUCAAUGUACUUGAAACCUGUAAUAAAAUUGUAUCUUUCUAAGAAA